AUGAAUCGUUAUUGGUGGAGAUCCAAGAAUGAACAAGGUAUACAUUGGAAGGCAUGGGAUAAACUAUGUAUUCCAAAGAAGUAUGGAGGGUUGGGAUUUAAGGACUUACAUGCCUUUAAUCUUGCCAUGUUGGGGAAGCAAGGGUGGCGUAUUCUGACACAGCCGCAAUCAUUAGUUUCGAGAGUUUAUAAGGCCAGGUAUUAUCCCACUAAUUCUUUCUAUGAGGCAUGCUUGGGUAAUAACCCAAGCUUUUGUUGGCGGAGUAUUUUGGCAGCUCAGGAGUUAAUUUGUGGGGGUGUGAGGAGAAGAAUUGGGAAUGGUAAAACAAAUUUAAUUUGGGACCACCCAUGGUUACAUGAUGAAAACCACCCGAGGAUACAAACAGAAAAACCACCCCAAUUGGCGCAGGCAAAGGUGAUGGGACUAAUGGAUCAACAAACUAGAACUUGGGAUCCGGAUAUUCUCACAGAUAUUUUCAUAUUGGAGGAUGUGGAAAGAAUUAAAAAAAUACCUGUGUCACUUGAUUAUGAUGAUUUGUGGUACUGGUAUGGGGAUCCAAAUGGUGAAUAUUCAGUCAAGAAUGGGUAUAGGAGACUAGUGGAUGAUAAUCAGAUUAUUUAUGCAGUGGCAAUUCUAUACUACAUUUGGCGUGCGAGGAAUGGGGCUGUUUGGGACGCAUGUUUGUCCAGGCCUCAGAAAGUAAUUGCGAUGGCGUCUUCAGCUGUACACUCGUGGAGAAUUGCGCACCCGACGCAUGUACAAUUGCAGGCCGAUGCGGCUGUAGUGGACCACGGUGGAGCGCCAACUGCACUGCUGCUGAAUGCCGCAACCAAUACUGCCGAACCGGCAGUGAACGGCCUGCUGCCUAUGACCAGCGCUGUGAUGAUGCCACACGAACACCAACUGCCACAAACAAUUGCGCCACACGCGGAUCCCCUCAAGUGCUACGUCGACGCGGCGUACGACCCACAAACGAACAAGGCGGCGGCGGGUGCUAUUAUUCUAGAUGCGCAAGGAGGAUAUAUUUCCGCAAUGACCACCCCUAUAUCAGAUUGUUUUACACCACUAAUGGCGGAGGCUCUAGCGUGCAAGGAAGUAUUGUCAUGGUUGAGAGAUCGCGGUAUAAACUCUAUCCAGCUCUUCACAGAUUGCUUAGUACUACAACAAUAUCUAUCAUCUACGACUCAAUCAUCACGGUCUUACUUGGGCUAUGCCAUUGAUAGCUGCAGGACUAGUAUGUUGACUUUUGAGAAUUGUUUAAUUCGACAUGUUCCUAUAUUAGAUAAUUAUUUAGCUCAUACUUUAGCAUCUAUUGCCGUUACUCAGACGACAGUUAUGUAUUCGGACUCAGGUCCACCAGCUGCUAUUUUUGCAUAUUUUGAAUAA